CACCCACAAAAUCUUUCUUCUCCAACACGACAACCACUCCGGCAGUUCCUUAAACCAAAAACCCCCUCCUUCAGCAAACUCCGACCAACACCACCGCUUCGUCUAUAUCUUCAGUUUCACAUAUUCAAGCUUUUGUUUGCGAAAAGGAAACUCCGACCAACACCACCGCUUCGUCUAUAUCUUCAGUUUCACAUAUUCAAGCUUUUGUUUGCGAAAAGGAGGUCAAUUACAGUCAACACAACCGUCAGAGAACCCACAACACCUCGUUAUGUCGAUUUUUGAGUACAAUGGAAGUGCCUUGGUGGCGAUGGUAGGUAAGAAUUGCUUUGCAAUUGCUAGUGAUAGGAGGCUUGGUGUUCAGCUUCAAACUAUUGCUACCGAUUUCCAACGUAUUUUCAAGAUUCAUGAUAAGCUUUUCCUCGGUCUAUCUGGUCUUGGUUCCGAUGCUCAGACACUUCAUCAGCGGCUUGUGUUUCGCCACAAGCUGUAUCAGCUGAGGGAAGAAAGAGACAUGAAGCCUGAAACUUUUGCUAGCCUUGUCUCUGCUAUGCUGUAUGAGAAAAGGUUUGGUCCUUACUUUUGCCAACCUGUGAUUGCUGGAUUGGGAGAGGACGACAAGCCAUUUAUUUGCACAAUGGACUCAAUUGGAGCAAAGGAGCUUGCAAAAGAUUUUGUGGUGGCUGGUACUGCAUCAGAGUCUCUUUAUGGUGCCUGUGAGUCGAUGUUCAAGCCAGAUAUGGAUCAUGAGGAGCUGUUUGAAACCAUCUCCCAAGCACUUAUAUCAUCAGUUGACCGUGAUUGUUUAAGUGGUUGGGGAGGACAUGUCUACAUUGUCACACCGACUGAAGUGACCGAAAGAAUCUUGAAAGGGAGAAUGGAUUGAUCUACAAAAAGUUAUUUAGCCUUGGCUUUGGGAUUGAAGGGGUUAAGCUUCGGCACUUUGGUGUCCGGUAGCUUGUUAUUUCCGAAGGUGUUUUUGUGCUUUUGACUUGGAAACUUUUAUGGUAUUGUUCUGUACCAGUCAGUCUUCAACGGAUGUUUUAUCUAAAACUCUCUUUCUUGGGUCUUUAAGCAUGAUUAUUCGUGGCUAGGGCAGGUGACA